CUCAUACUACAAAUUUGGAGAUCUGAGUGAGUCAUCGACAAGUCCACGAUGGAGGGUCGAUGUUUCCUCUUUCUACUGUUCCUCCUUGUGCCGGCAUUGACUCAAGACUCGCUCUGUCCGGCGGAUUUUGUGGCCAUUGACGGUUGUUGCUACUACUUCUCUACCGAGAAGGUCGGCUUCGAUCAGGCGAAGUAUGAAUGUGACUACCUGGAUGGCGAACUGGUCACCUUCGACGACUGCGAAACCUUGGAAGACGUUCUAGAAAAUGGCGAAAAUUGCCCAUACUGGGUCCAUCCGACGACGUAUCUCGACUGUUUGGAUCCAUAUCCAAUAGACGUGAACAAGUACAUCUGCAAAGUCCAGGAACCGACUCAAUGUGAACAGUACUGUGGAGGCACGUGUACGGAUGAAUUUAGGGACGGCUGUAUCACGCCCGAAAUGGCCUUGGAAUGCCAAUGUCCUGAAGGGCAGUAUUGCUGUCCGGAACGCAAAAGUUGCAGAGUGGACUGUGGGGGAGAGUGUCUGGAUCCUGCCACAGACCAGAACAAUCUCGGUUGUAACGGAUAUUGGAAGUCCAUAGAAGAUUGUCCAUGCCCAUACGACAUGAUCUGCUGUUGUAGAUACCCAGAUAUAACACCGCCGCCUACUACUACUGAACCGCCCACUGAAAUAACACCAUGUCCAAUCCUGCCCAAACCACCUAUGACAGAUGAUGAUGGUUGUGGACUACCCGUGCUGGCAACCAUACCGGAGAACAAAGUUUUCAGCUUCGAAGCCAUGUACGAGGCCAUGAUGGAGUAUAGAUCCGAUCAGUUCGCGAGCGACGUAAGAUUCGACGAGACCCUAGAACAGUUUAAACAGUUAGGCAACCAAGAGGGAAAAAGCCUGGCGGACAUGUCGGGGGACCUCACGGACACAGUCAAAGCCAUAAAGGAUGUCUGGGUUUUGGAAUACAUCGACUCCGAAACUGGCUACGAAAUUGCCAUCAUGCUUAACGACUUUGACCCCAAAACAGGGGUGCUACCCGAGGAGCCAGACUUCACGGAUCCCGCUUUUAGCAAUGAGUUUAAAGACAAACUAGCCCUUUUGAAACAGCGUUAUGCGGCAAUGAAACUUACCGUGAAUAUUAGAGCCUUCAUCCCAGACGGGUGUGACUUCAUAGCCCAUAUUCAACUGACUGAACAUUUCAGUCUUGUUAGGAUGCCCCUACUUCUAGUGGCCUGCGUCAGAAUAGAGUGCUUGGAAGUCAUUGUCAUCCCCGUAAUAUGCUUUGAUAUCACGUGCACCUGGAGAGGUGAGCCGUAUUGUUACUGGGAGUUCCGGUUAAGACUCGUCAUCAAGAGGAUAAUCAUCUACAAGUGGUACUGGCUUCAUUUCUGGUGGCUCAUCGCGUUCCCGCCCAUUGCAAUACAGCCACUACCAGUAUGUCCUGCAGAUGGGAUAGGUGAUAUUCCUCCUUUUGAAGAAUUCAAACCAGGAUUAAUGACAGCUGCAAUGAACGAUUUUCAGUCUUCAUUGCCUGACGACGUGGCAGCAGAACUCGACAUAGAGGCGUUUCGCGCCGUCUAUGACAUGGAUUUGGGGGAACAGGAUGGUACCGCACUCUCGACUAUGGAGGGCUCAGUGACGGACAGAGUCACUGGCUUCAAGGACAGGUGGGCCCUGGCCUACAGGGAGUCAGACGACGACAUGGAAACCACCAUCCUGCUAGAUGAGAGUUUCGACCCCGAAGCAGGUGACGAGUUGCCCGCCGAAUAUGACCUCGGUGACCUCCUCGCCUCCUCGUACAGCCAGCGCUUCCUUGCAGUGUUCAUGGCCCGGUACAUCGAGAUGAGGGCGUCGGUAACGCUCCAGGCCAUCUUCCCGACAGACUGCGGCACCGGGGUCUACUCCCUGCGGCUCGACCUGCGCUUCAGGCUUCUAAGAAUCCCGUUCUUCCUGAUAGCUUGUGAUCCAAACUUACCAACCGACUGUUAUGACAUCCAUAACAUGGACCCGGCCCUGUCCAGUGGAAUCUACAUGAUAUAUCCAAGCGGCCCCGAACCCGGGUUCCUGGUGUACUGUGACAUGGAGACUGACGGAGGAGGCUGGACGGUAAUCCAAAGGCGGCAGGAUGGCUCGGUUGACUUCUACCGCGGCUGGGACGACUACAAAAACGGCUUCCCAUCCAACAACAUGACCGGGGAAUUCUGGCUCGGCAACGACAAGAUUCACCGCAUCUCUGUAGGGCCGCCGCGGCACUCGUUGAGGGUGGACAUGGAGGCCAACGAUGGAACCAAGGCAUACGCGGAGUACAACUGGUUUGGCACUUCUGAUGAGGCGAAUAACUACUGGCCCGUUAUUUCAGGCUACUCCGGAGACGCAGGGGACUCUAUGAUCUCAACAACAGCAGGUCUCGAUCUAAAUUUAAUGAAAUUUAGCACCUACGACAAUGACAACGAUAAUUUGGCUGAUGGAAGUUGUGCCGUCCGGUUCCACGGCGCCUGGUGGUAUAAUGCAUGUGGUGAGUCUAACCUAAAUGGAGAGUAUGGUAGCACGGAGUAUGGGAAGGGUGUCGUCUGGAAAACGUUCAGAGGAAUGCGUGAAUCUCUGAAGUUCACUGAAAUGAAAGUACGACCCCAGACCUAAGUCAGAAAUGAUUGUUGCAAAACUGUGAUUGGCAAAAACGAUUCAGAUUCUAUUCGUAAUUGUCCCUUAUUCUUAUUCUCCCAAAAAUGUAUUUGCACUAAACUGCCCCCUUUGAUUUCUGAGAAAACUAAGGAUUCUCAUUUGGUCAGAUCUAUUCAGUUAUCACCAUCUAUUGUAUAAAGAACCUGACAAAGCAAUGGAAAAUGUUACCCCUUGAACUGUUUCUGAAAUAGAAAACAGUACAUCCUUCUCUCUUUUCUGUCAUAUCUCUAUAGUAUCCUGACAUUAGUCCCAACCCUGACUCAUAAGAUCACAGCCUACCAUUGUCAAUAUUACCGAUGUUUAAAUUCCUUAAGAAAGAUCACAAUUUUCAAGCAAAAUCAGUAUCCUCUCUUUUAUUGGCCAUACCUCUGAAAUAUAUUAUCUCAGAAAAUCCAAAUCAAAAGUGUUGGUUCAAACAUAUAAAAUAAUACGGUAGGUUUUUCUGGCGAUGCCUUAGGGUGGAGCCUAAAUUCUGAGCCAAAUGUCCCUUGUUUGCAAUGGACAGGCAGCUCAUGCCAUGCAAGCAUGCUGCACUAAAAAUAUAAUCUCAUCUAUAGCCUAAUGUAUAACACUGGUCAGUUUAAAUCCUAAAACUCAGAUUCAAAUCAUUAGUACAUUUGUACUAUGACCAACAUUCUAACUAAUUACUGAAAGCAAAAUUGCAUAACAACAUAUAAAGAAGAAUGCAGUACUUUAUGAUUUCUAUCAUAUGAAAUUGCUCUAUCAUGGAGAAGUUGAACACAAGACAGUGGAUUUAAUUACUAAAUUUUCUAAUGGACCUGAUACUAGUAUUUCAAGCUCCCUGGUCCAAAAUUUAAAUUGACUAGUGGUAAGUGAUAUUCACGCAAUACAUCUGCACAAUGCUGCCAGGCAAAUAUGCCAAUUUUUCCAAAUAGAUAAUAUGCAAUUUAAUCAGAAGAUAUAAGCUAAGAUUCCAUAUCAGUGCCCUAUGCACUUAUCAUUGUUCUAAUAACUGCCUGUCAAUCAUAAAAUGUAAGAAAGGUUUUGUCACAAUUUUGAAAAUAUGUUAUGUAAAAGUAAAAUGAAGUUUACAUUUCACUAAUAUGUCACAUAACCACGGAUUAAAAACUGUAUAUUAUUGCCUUAUCAAUUGUAAGAGCUCUGUUGUGUAAGGUGAUUCAAAAAUGGACAUGGCGCUUGUUAAUUCAAUGAUUGUUAAUUUAGUUGUUAAGAAAUAUUGCCAUAUCAUUAUAUCAAUAUUAAUCAGUUACGAUGUGUCUACAUAAUUUAAAAAUGACUAACCUAAUACAUCAGUAACAUCAGAACUGGACCACAAUAUCACACCGUUGCAAAAAAAUAAUAGCCUGACUGCGCUGACAAGAUAUAAAAUACAAACGCAAAAGAUCAGAUAAUGACAUACAGGGAUAAAAACACACCAUUAGUAUUCACAUCUCAGAGACACAGAAUGUUAAGUUAACAUUUUAAUUAAGGUGUAUAGAAAUAACUUAAAGGUAAUGGUAUAAAGAAACCAGUAGUUAACUAGCUAUACCUUGUCCACUGACACAUUAAAUUUGAGAUGCUGUACUGUGUAAAACAUCUGUAUGGUUUUCCUCUGUUACUGGAUGAGUAAAGACAAGUGUAAGACGUUGUCAACAGACAACCCUGUAACAUCAAGUGUAUGAGAGAUACUGUGAAAAGUUUAAAAUAACAUCAAGAUAAUAAGAAGGAGUUGUAAUGCUAAAAACAUCUUGGAGUAAUGUUGACACAUGGACAUGAUUUUUGAAGUAAAAUUCCAAUGAUUUUAACAUUUAUUUAAUAUAAUAAUACAAUGGUGAAUUGAGCAUGUAUUUGACGUAAGGUGAUGAUUUAUUGAGUGAUCUAACACUUAUUAUAUGGGUACUUUUAUUUCGCGUGUAUGGCUUGCGUGCUGGGCAUGCGGUUCUAUCCUGAAUAAAAUAUUCUUGAAAUA